UUGACCUUAUUUUUAUAUAACAUAAUUUGUAAGAAAAAAGCAUUCUUUGUCAAGAAAAUAAAAUUUACGGAAAAAUAUAAAAUAAGGAAACAAAAAUAAAGAAACAACCCCACAAAACUAAAACAACAAAAAAUUCUCUCACAAAUGCUUCCACCCUCUUUUACUCCACCAUCAUGUCUGCCCUCGACAGCUACUACUUCCCUUUUCUCACCCACAACAAUAAAUGCUACAAAUUCUAUUGUUACAGCUGCAAUCCCCAGCUAUGAAAUAUCUAGUUCUUCCAUUCUAUCUCCUCUAUUGCCACCCUCACCCCUCCAACAAGAAUCGCCUAUUUCUCCAUAUUUUUGGGCAGCUAAUGAUUUUCCAUACGAUUAUAAAUUUUUACAACAAAUAAACGUGGAAAUUCGUUGUUUUUGCCAUAUUGAAUUAUUAAAUGCCCAAUUUUCAAUAACUCAUAAUGAGGAGACAAAGUGAGAAAUUUAUUAUAAUAUUUAAUAGUUUCGUUUAUACGUUUUUUAUUUAUUUUUUAUUCACUAUUAUUUUUGAGGUAAUUUUUGGAGUUGGAGUUUUAAUUGCUUUCGGCCCAUGUCCAUUAAGUCUGUGAUCCCACAGUAUGUGAACCAUUUACUAAAAGGUUAUAUCAUGUUGUUUUUAAUACCUUUAAAGGGUGCUUGUCGUGAAUCCUCUAAUCAUAUUAAAGUUGUCUAUAUCCGCGUUUCAUAUUUUG